CGGACGCGCAGAGACUGACGAAGAAAGGCCUAGUUAAAGUAGAAAGACCAGAACCAUCGUUAUAAUAUUGUCUCUGAGAGGCGUGACUGACGUUAUUCAGAGAAGAGACAAAGAAAACCCAACCAACAAACCACGGCUCCCAGUCCCACCAGUGAAGAUGCCCUUCAUCGACCUCCAGAGUAACCUGGCCUCCAGCAGCUUCUCUGAGGACUUCUUGAAGCGGUUCUGCUCCAUCACCGCCGCGGCUCUGAGGAAACCAGAGGACAGGAUGAACGUGGUGGUCCAUCCCGGGCUUCCGAUGCUGAUAGGCGGCUCCUGCUCUCCUUGUGUGGUGGUGUCGGUGUCGGCCAUCUCUGUGACGGACACCGCUGAGAAGAACAAGGACCACAGUGCCAAGAUCUUCAGCUUUCUGACCCAAGAACUCGGUCUGACUGAAGACAGGAUCGUGAUUCAGUUCCACGAGCUGCAGCCUCACCAGGUCGGGAAGAAAGGAACCGUGAUGACCUUCCUGUGAAGAACUUCACAGCCCAACCAGAAUAAGACCUUAAAUCAGUUCUGAUUUCAAAAUCUUAACAGUAAUGUUGAAGAUUUUUACUGCACUUCUGUCACUGUCACGUCUAAUUUGGGAUGAACCGACAGGACAAUCUGGGCCGAUAUCGAUAUCCGAUAUUAGUAUUGGAAACCGCACAAAACUCAGCCCAGUUUUACUGAUGGGACCAGUACUGUGAUGUUAAAAUAUGACUCAGAACGGCUAAUUUCACUGUUUAAAGUGAAACCUUUGAUUCUAGAAGUUCUGGAUCAUCUGAAACCAGUCGGGUUUGAUUCUGUUGAGGGGAUCCAACCUGAAGAAAAGCUCAUUUCUGCUCCCUUUCUUAAAUCGUUGAGUUUUAUCAUCUCAGAGUAGAAGUUCAGGUUGAGGUUCCUUUCAAUUAAAGCAGCUCUGGGCUCAUUUUCUUUUCCUGUAGAUGAAAUAAAGGCAGAAUGUUUAA